AUGACGGACCGCGAGCGCAGCAUUCACGAGAUGCUGAAGGAUGCGCCCUCGCUGAACGACAGCUGUGGAGCGGUGCACACGGGCACAGAAGGCGGCAGCCUGGUCCUCGGCAGCGCCAGCAGCCACAGCAUCGCCGGAGGAGGCGGUGGUGGAGGUGGCGGUGGAGUUGGCGGCCCUUUUGGCGCCCCCAACAGUCUGCCACUAAGGAACCAUUCAGCACCCACCACACCCAUGUCGCCCAGUAGUCCACCAUCCGGAAACGGCAUCCUUAGUCCCACGGACAGCGGGAGCGGCAGCAUUAUCCGCACUAGCGCCUCCAAGAUCGACAGUCUUAAAAACUGGAGUAUAUCGACGUACAAGUGCACUCGACAGAUUAUGCUGGAGAAGUUGGGCAAGUCGCAGCGCACCGUCGACUCGGAACUGGAAGCGCAGAUUGAGCAGUUGCGCGAAACGCAGCGCAAGUAUCUGUCCAUCUUAAGGUUAACGCGGGCCUUCAGCUCGCACUUCCAGCACGUAGUCGUCACACAGCACGCCCUGGCCGACUCCUUCGCCGAUCUGGCCCAAAAGAAUCCCGAGCUGCAGAAGGAGUUCACGUGCAAUUCGGAGACGCAGCGCAACCUCACCAAGAACGGCGAACUGCUGCUCAAUGCGCUCAACUUCUUCAUUUCGUCGGUAAACACGCUGUGCAACAAGACGAUCGACGACACACUGCUGACGAUACGACAGUACGAAACGGCCAGAAUCGAGUUCGAUGCCUACCGCAUGGACUUGGAGAACACCAAGCCGGAGCUGACGCCCUCGGCUGCCGCGCUGGAGGAGACCCAGCGUAGCUAUGCGCAGCACAAGGAGCAGUACGAGAAGCUGCGCUCUGACGUGGCGGUCAAAAUGCAGUUUCUCGACGAGAAUCGCAUUAAAGUGAUGCACAAGCAACUGAUUCUGCUGCACAAUGCCAUCGCUGCCUACUUCUCGGGCAAUGCCAUGGCACUGGAGAGCACUCUUAAGCAGUUCAACAUAAAGCUAAAGUCACCCAAUGCCGUCACUGGAUCCUGGCUGGAGCAGUAGAGUCAGUAUAAUCACGAGCACGUUGCAGACGGCACUUAGGCGCGUAUAUUGGAGGAGACCAGGAUCCGGCGUCCACAUCCUCUACAUCCACUCA